AUGUCUUACCCUAAUGAACACGAAUAUGAAUAUUUUGAUGAACCUUUGAAGCAAACUUAUUAUGAAAACGAGUUGAACUCCACUAGCGAUUACGUUCAAAAUAAUGAUGGGCAGCAAUCCACUUCCACUCCUACUACACAAUAUUAUAACUCACAACGUGAACAUAUUGACUUCGUAACACCUGCACCACCACUAUAUAAAACUAAUACGGAAUUUUCCAAUCCAAAGAUUUCAAAGACACUUGAUUCUUCUCAGAAUCAAAUCUUUAAAAUUGAACUGGAAAUUGUUGUCAGAAUACAAAACGAUCAGAACCAACAUAGAACUAAAUGUAAUUAUUCUUCAACCUUGAAAAAUCGUGUUGUAAAUAGAAUGAAUCCAUACCGGAAACCGACUGAUCAAAAUUUCAGAAGUGACAGCCAUUCUUAUUCUUCCUCAUCAGUACCACCUGCUAUUUAUAUGCAGAAUGCUGAUAACAUUCGUACGUCAUUUCAAUCAAAUAAAGAUUUGAAUGAAUCUUUUAGCAAUAAUUUUAAAAAUAACUUUAGCGAUUAA